ACGUCAUCCUGUAUGCUUGUAGCUUUCGUUUAACGUCACAGUCGUGGUCCCUCAGCAGCUGCAACAGCCAGCAGCAGUAAGCCGACUCGAGAAACAUUGCAAUGAAACAAGCCACCGGCUAGAAGUUAGAAAGUAAGUCAACUGUAAUGUGUUUAAAUGUUUUUUUUCAAGACGGUCAACGUGGCUACAUUGUGGAUACUGCGAUAAAAAAAGUGAAAUGAAAACCACCACAUUCCAAUGUGUAAAAUAUGUCAGUUUUGAUCUGUACUGCAAUUGCUGCUCUGGUAAGACUGGCAUAACGAUUAAUUUUUAAAGGAUGUUCAGUCCCGUUGUUGGCAAAAAAGACGAUUCAACAUAAGAACUAUUCAGUGAAAGGAUGGGUUGUAUUGAAUUUAUUGAGCCGGUAGUGGUUGCUGCACAAGUUGCCAGUGCGUUCUACGAUACCGGGCUGUUGAUGGUAGUGAAAGAACGUUACAAUGUGACUUCCAGCAACUCCUCGCUUACCAACUCCACGGACCAUGGAGACAACGCGCAGCAGACGGCAGUGUCGGAUUUCCUCAUGAUCUACGGUAUGAUCUCAGGGUUUGUCCCAUUCCUGCCGGCAUUCUUCCUGGCGAGGCUCGGUGACAAAAGGAACAGAAAGAUCCCGAUAUGUGUGCCUCUUGUGGGCUACAUGCUCUCCAGAUUGAUGCUGCUCCUUGUUAUUCUUCUGCAGUGGCCUGUCAAAGUGAUGUUUGGGGCAGCUGUUGUGUAUGGUUUGUUUGGGGGAUUUUCUUCUUACUGGGCUGGGGUCAUGGCUUUGGCAUCAGCUCGCUCGGAUGAAACUCGGAGGUCCAUCCGACUGAUAAGCAUUGAGUUGGUCUAUGGAAUAGCUGGCUUUAUUGGUAGCAUCUCAUCUGGUCACAUCUUCAAUAUGUUUCAUGUUUCACAACACCAAGGUGUUAUGCUGGUGGGGAUCACUGUUUUUUUGUACAUAUUUUGUUGGUCCUACAGCAUUUCCAUUUUGAAGGUACCCGGUACUGAGAGCACACCAGCAAUACUCCCCCAUGGUCAAACAGCAGACAACUGUGGUACAGGUGGAUCCGACAAUGCACCCACAGUAACAGAUGGGUCAUCGACUUCUGGCACGUUUGACUUGAUCAGCGUUGUGCUUUUGUUCGCUGGUGCUAUAUUGUAUGAUGUGUCAGUGUCAGGAGCCAUGGACAUCUUACCAUCCUUUGUCAUAAAGGAACCCCUGAGCUGGGGAGCUGAACAGAUUGGCUAUGGGAAUGCAGCCGGCUUUGUGAUUUUCAUCACCAGUUUCCUGGGAGUGUAUGUAUUCUCCAAGUGUUUAAGGGACACCACCAUGAUCAUCGUUGGGAUGGUGUCAUUCGGGACUGGGAUACUGGUGAUGGCGUUUGUGCGAAAGACCUACAUGUUUUACAUUGCUCGAGCUUUGAAUCUGUUUGCCUUGAUUCCAAUGCCUACCAUCCGAUCACUGCUGUCCAAACAAGUCCAAGGCUCAUCAUAUGGCAAAAUGUUCGUUUUGCUCCAGAUGUCAUUCACCAUCGCCAGUGUGGCCACCUCACCCAUUUUCACCAAGAUUUACCAAGCCACCCUUGUCUGGUUCGCUGGAUUCUGCUUCAUUGUGUCUUACAUUCUCAGCGUUUUAGCCAUCAUCCCUAUUUGCAUUGUGGGAUACAGGACAGGGAGACAUGGCUACACACGUCUUCCAAGUAACUGACGAGGCAGUUUCCCUUCCUGUAAUGAGUUGCAUCACAAUGAAGGACAUACAUUUCUGGUGCAUCACAUGCUAUGCCUGGCAUUUACCCCCUAACUAACCCUAACACUAUUGUUUGUGGAGUUUGGCAGCCAACAGCUGUAUAAUGUAUAGCACUUUUUUUUUUUUUUUAUGCAUAAAAUGCUAUAUUGACUUAUACAGUAUAUUACUGUAAACCUACAUUUUGUAUUUUACCAAAAUAUAUGCUUCCACUCUAAGAGUGGCAGAGCUGUACUUCAGGUUUAGUUACAAUUAAGUGUUAAAGACAGAGCACAGCUACCUUCCUGGGUGUGUUUUGUAAAUGACAUAUUACAAUUAAACAGCACCCGAGCUUGAUAUCUGAAAACGUGUCUAAUUAUCAGACUCAUAGUAAAACCUGGAGUGGCUCAAUGGCUUAUUUCCAUCACUACACAAAGAUAUUUAGUUGUUAUCUUAGCUGAGGGUGUCUCUUGUAGCAGACUUGUAACAAGUUUGCCCCCAUGGAAGUUACCAGUAGAAUCCAUUUCCAUUUGGAAAAAAGGAUCCAGAAAUACUAAAGUGGUAAUCCUAAACUCCUAAAGUGACAAAUUUGGGUAACUGCACAAAGGCAAUUUAAUAAUGGUUAAAAAAAUGUAUAGAAUUUGUUAUGUGAUUGACAAGUGUGCACAGAAUAAAAUGGACACGUACUGUGUUUAUCAACAAAACACAAUUUCUUCAGCAUAUAUGAAAAUCAGGUAGCAGAUUAAAUAUACAUUUGUUUGCUGCCUUAGCUAAGGCAGGACAAAUGUGGUAUUAAAAUAACAAAUUCACCAUGUGGCUCAACUGCUUGGCAGUAAAACAAAAACAAAA